CAUGGGGGACACCUUCAUCCGCCACAUCGCCCUUCUGGGCUUCGAGAAGCGCUUUGUCCCCAGCCAGCACUACGUCUACAUGUUUCUGGUGAAGUGGCACGACCUGUCCGAGAAGGUGGUCUACCGGCGCUUCACCGAGAUCUACGAGUUCCACAAAAUGUUAAAGGAAAUGUUUCCUAUCGAGGCAGGGGACAUCAACCCAGAGAACAGGAUCAUCCCGCACCUGCCAGCCCCCCGGUGGUUCGAUGGGCAGCGGGCGGCCGAGAGUCGCCAGGGCACGCUCACCGAGUACUACAACACGCUCAUGGGUCUACCUGUCAAGAUCUCCCGCUGCCCCCAACUCCUCGACUUCUUUAGAGUGCGCCCCGACGACCUCAAGCUUCCCACGGACAGCCAGGUGAAAAAGCCAGAGACCUACUUGGUGCCCAAAGACGGCAAGAGCAAUGUCACGGACAUCACAGGCCCCAUCAUCCUGCAGACGUACCGUGCCAUUGCUGACUUCGAGAAGACCUCGAGCUCCCAGAUGGCUCUGGCCACGGGUGACGUGGUGGACGUCGUAGAGAAGAGUGAGAGUGGCUGGUGGUUCUGCCAAACGAAGACAAAGCGAGGUUGGGUCCCAGCGUCCUACUUGGAGCCCUUGGACAGUCCUGAUGAGGCAGAGGACCCAGAGCCCAACUACGAAGGUGAGCCCUAUGUCACCAUCAAAGCCUAUACUGCCGAGAUGGAGGAUGAAAUGUCCCUGCAGGAAGGUGAAGCCAUCGAAGUCAUUCAUAAGCUCCUGGAUGGUUGGUGGGUCGUCAGGAAAGACGACAUCACCGGCUACUUCCCAUCCAUGUACCUACAGAAGUCCGGGCAGGAUGCUGCCCAGGCACAUCGCCAGAUCAAGAGCCGAGGGGCCCCGCCCCGCAGGUCGUCCAUCCGCAACGCGCACAGCAUCCACCAGCGAUCGCGGAAGCGCCUCAGCCAGGACACCUAUCGGCGCAACAGCGUCCGUUUUCUGCAGCAGCGCCGCCGUCCGGCGCGGCCCGGACCGCAAAGCCCAGGGAGCCCGAGAGGGGAGCAGCCAGCGACCCAGCCCGCGAAGCCACAGCCCGCGGUGCCCCCGCGGCCCAGCGCAGACCUUAUCCUGCACCGAUGCAGCGAGAGCACCAAGCGGAAGCUGGCGUCUUCCGUCUGAGGCCGGGUCGCCGCCCCUAGAUGGCGUCCUAGCCCCUCCGCCCUGUCGGGUCCCAUUCCUGUAUAUACGUGUAUAGAUCCGGAGGUCCGGAUGCCUCUGGCAGCCCCGGCCCCGCCCCACCUAACGGCUCGCCGCUCAGAGUAAAUGCUGUUUGGAGUGGACAGAGGCUCUGCAGAGCAGCCGGGCGGGCUGGGCUGGGCACGCCUUUGGGGAUAUUUAUAAAAUAAGGACUGAGGGCUGUGAGUUCUGCUGGGGCGGGAGGUUGGGGAAGUUGCAAGAACCAAGGUCCGGUCGCACUCUGCCCUGGCCUUGGCCGAGACUAAGUUUGCACGGGGCCAAGUGCACCGUUCCCCCCUGCCCCCCCACUGCUGGCUGUUUGGACAGAAGCUGCCUGCUAAAACUUUGGUACCACUGCAGAAGAGUCCUAAAGAAGGGUGCCACAGUGUGCAGGGUGUGCACCUUAGUUCGGUGAGAAAUAAAAUUGGUAAUUUAGGUAUACGGAGGGAGCACCUCUGAUUUAUUCACUGAAAGGCUGCCCAGUUAGGAGGUUGUACCAGAAAGCAAUUAUUCAUUGAUGAACAGACCCUCAUCGCCCCCACAAGCAACUGCUGCCAGCCUUUGGCCUCAAAGUCUUUGCUGGUGGAUCUUUUGCAAAAUGCAAAGACACCAGGGUGCAGCCCGGAGCUGCAAAUCUUACAAAAGCAGCCGCUUAUCAGGAAGGCAGCUGCCCCUCCUGUGUGGGAGGUGACACAAGAGGAUGGGAGAGGCUGGUCCCUUGGAGGGGGGGGGGGCUGAUGCUUCUCAAGAGAACAACUUGAGGGUCACAACAACUGAAAGAGACCUUGAGAAGGUCACUGGGCCCUUUAUUUGCAUUUUUGCAGACUUGGUUUGCUGGAAAAGUCCAGCCCAUCAAGUGCUAUCAUGCAAAGCUGUGGGAGAAUUAACCACUGAGAAU